UCCCUCAGGCGCAGCACCCGCAGCUCCAUCAGCGGAUAUUUCCUGGCCGGGAGGAGAAUGGGAUGGGCGGCAGUCGGCUCGUCGCUCUUCGCCUCCAACAUCGGUUCCGGCCAUUUUGUCGGCCUGGCCGGAACGGCGGCAGCCAACGGCAUCGCGGUCGGGGGAUUCGAGUGGCACGCGAUGUUUAUGGUGCUGCUGCUGGGUUGGAUCUUCGUCCCCAUCUACCUCAGGGCUGGGGUCACCACGAUGCCCCAAUACCUGCGCAAACGGUUCGGAGGCGCCCGCAUCCAAAUCUGCCUCUCGCUUCUGUCGCUGCUGCUCUACGUCACCACCAAGAUCUCCGUGGAUCUGUUCUCGGGCGCCGUGUUCCUGCAGGCGGCGCUGGGCUGGGAGCUGUACGGAGCCGUGGGGGCGCUGCUGGGGGUCACCGCCGUCUACACCAUCACCGGCGGGCUGACAGCCCUGAUGUACGCCGACAUGGUGCAGAGCGCCGUCAUGGUGGGCGGAGCCUCCGUGCUGGCGGGAUACG